AUGUACCACAAUUCGCCUCCAGGCACCGAACGAACCAACCCCCUUCACCUUGUCCAGACCGGCCCCCAACCAGUAUCGUCGCCCUUGUAUCUGGAUCUGGUGGGCAUACUCUGCCAUCCUCCCCCAAAGUGGGACCAUGCGGUGAGAAAGAUGAAAAAACUUCUUCCUGCACGUUGGGCCCGAUACUUCGAAGCCUGGGCGUCGGUGACCACGCUCAAUCCCCCGGAACUCUCCAAGAGCCAGAACCUCGAGCAAUGGGCGACGCACGGACUCCCCAGCGGUCCUGUAAGGGGAUGCCUUACAGAACAGCCCCAUAAGUAGCCUCUGAGUAGCUAGAACUGUCGAGUUCUAGUUACGACUUGCUUUUAGCCUAGCGGUCAAGGCGACAGAUUGUAAUCUAUGCACAUCAGAGGCGCAUACCUUACAGGUCCACGGCUGAAAGCUCUGUCGCCGUCGCCGAUUCUCGUCGGAUCUUUUGGAAACGAUCACCGAAACGGACUUCGAGGGGCUUCGAGCCUCUAUUCAGGAGUCCAAGGGUCGCCUAGUGUCUCUGUAA